ACGGCAACCAUGUUCUGAACAAACAUGGCGUCCGCGAAUGCCGUUUCGUUGUUUUCCUGGCAAUUUAGCUGAGAAACCACUCAGUCUUCAGCUUCUGCGCUUUGUGCUGAGUGUAGCAGCUCACGUAAGCCACGAUGACAGACGUAAGAGCAUCACUACGAAAAAUUGAGUUCCCGGCAGUUGUUUACGAGGCGCUACGCCAAAUGCAAAAGCUGCUGACGAACGAAGCACGGAGCCCUACGUACGCUCAUGUCGCUAAAGAAAUUUCCGACGAAUUUAUCUUCAACGACUGUGACCGUCGGGGAAACCCUCGACGGCGAAAGCUUUCAGCAGUUCGUGAACUUCAAAUCAUCGAGGUCAUCGCAAGUACCCUGCAGUCCACCAAACCCGAUAUGUGCCAGAAGAUAUUUUUCAUUCUGUUCCCUACGGCAGAUCCGACGGUGAUGGAGAGUAGGAUCACAAUUAUUUCUCGCCUCGUCUCGCUAGCGAUCGCACUGAAAAGCCAAAACACGCUCAACUGUGCCGGCUUUUGGAUGCACGUUUGCGGCUGUACGUCUGAACUUUCCUUAACCGUAGUGCAACAUGUAGUUGGAGAUUACUUCAACCUUAUCCCAACGUCUGCGGACAGAAUGAAGGAACUGGCUGGAAUUUCGCCGCUUUUUUGCGCCAGUAUGGCUACAUCCCUUACACACAUGACCCAGGCUAACCCCGCUGUCGAGGUUAUCGAGCUACUGGCAACUUGGGUUCGGGCCCAGCCAUUUCUUUGCUUCACACCUAUGGAAGCAAUACCACCCCAGCUGUACACACAGUGCUUACAAACCUUCCUACCAGGUUUGAUGACUUGGUGCGUGCUGGCACCCGUGACAGCUUCUCACUCUAAUCUAAGCCCCGAAAUGCUGGCCAAACAAAACGAGCUUUAUUCGUAUCUGCACUAUGCUUUGCUCGAAAUGCUGAUCAGAGCAUCGCAAGUAACACCUCGGGCGCCGAUGGUGCUGACCUUCUUACCGACGCUGUACGUUCUCCAAGUCGCAGACACGUUGAAGAGGAUAGCAAACCCAAACGCAAAGUCGACGGAACUGGCUUUGAACAGGCUCGGACAGAUACUACAGGCUGCUUUUACGUCCAAAUGCAUCCAUGGGAACAUGGAUGCUAUGUUUCAAAUGUUGAAGCAGCUGCCUCCAAACCGGCUCCUCCGCAUUAUCCUUUCAAGGUGGGAAACGAAGAAGUACUGACGUCGGCUUUCCUCAGUGUCAACUGAGGCUUCCAGUUUCAAACCCAUAUAAAAGACAUCUUCUUCAGAAACUAAAAGCCUGUGGGAGGAAUAACCACACCUGCAGGGCAGUGUACAAAUAUUCUGGUGCUGAGAAGUGAAUUCUUUCUUCUCAAUACUGGAAGUUGCUGGAGCCAUAAUGCAGCUACAUGCAUAACUUUGUGCAAAUGAGAGUGCCCUUCCUCAUCACAUCUUGUUAGCAUGUCUUUGUAACUCCAGCCAUCAAUUGACAGGGAAAAAAAAGGUCAUGGUUCGAUCUCGUUUUGGCGAUCACUUACCACUUUUUGUCUUUGUACAUAAUGCUUGUAUUGCUGGUGAAUCAUUACAGGCCUGGCAUUCA